AUUCAAGCUCGCCCCAAGUGGUUGUGCUGUUACUGGGCGAGAAACAAAGUGGGAAGAGCACGGCAGGAAACGCCAUCCUGGGAAAAGCUGCUUUCCACAAAAAAACGACCCGCAGCUCCCGACAGAUCGCCACCAUCUGUGGAGUACAAGUGACGGUGGUGGACACUCCCGGGUGGCUGUCCCACACCUCCACUCCAGCCAGGGUGUCCAGAGAGCUCUGCAGAGGCCUGAGCCUCUGCACCCCGGGGCCCAGCGUCGUCCUGCUGGUGCUGCCCAUCUCUUCCAGCUUCGGUCCGGAGGAGUGGACGGCCAUGGAGGCCCAGCUCAGACUGCUCCAAACCCCCAUCUGGCAGAGAUCCAUGGUCCUCUUCACACAUGGAGAAAAAUUAGGAGGGCUGCCGAUCCAGGAACACGUACGUCACCAGGGUGGGACUCUUCGCUGGCUGCUGGAGCGAUGUGGGAACAGGUACCAGGUCCUGACCAACCAGUCCAGAGCUGCAGAGGAUCAGCGCCGAGAGCUCUUCGGGAAGAUCUGGAACAUGACGGAGACUAACAGGCGUCCGAGGGAGAUCCAGGACAGGAUGUACACCCUGCUGAGACAAAACCUGAGCAUAAAGGAGGACAGGAGGUUACAGGGACGACGAGAGGAGAUAGAAAUGACAGUGAUGCAUGAUGGGAGCUCAGGACGAAGGAUGCAGAUGACCUCAGGAGCACCGUAUAUGGCCCGAGGAUGUCCAGUUUUUGGUUUUAAGCCCGCUCUUUGCCUCAUCCUGCUGGGGAGGAGGAAGUCGGGGAAAAGCUCGGCAGGCAACAUGAUCCUGGACAGUGACGAGUUUCAGGUCGGCAUGAAGACCGUCAGGUGCUCUGCAGGCCGGGGGAGGGUAUCAGGGUGGCCUGUGACGGUGGUGGACACCCCCGGGUGGAGUCUGUUCGGUCUGGCAAACCCCAAGCAGGUCAGGACGGAGAUCAUUCGAAGCCCGUCCUUCUGCCCCGAGAGGAGCAAGACGUCGUUCGUGCUGGCUGUACCGGUGGACCGGUUCAGAGAGAGAGACAGGAGAGCUGUGGAGAUGUACCUCAGUGUUUUGGGAAACGACGUGUGGAGAAGAACGGUGGUGUUGUUCACCUAUGGAGAGGAGCUGCGGGGACGGACAGUGGACAAACACAUCGAGAAGAGCGGAGAGCCUCUACGGCGGCUGCUGGACAGAUGCGGCCGCCGGUAUCACGUGUUAGACACGAACACAAGAGACGAGACUCAAGUAAAUCAGCUCCUGGAGAUGGUGGAGAAACUGUAGGAAUCAUAGAAAUAUGACAAAAACAAAUAAUUACAUGCACUAGUCAUCAGACAAAUUACUUAGUUUACUUCUGCCACUUAUUGUUUUAAGCUACAAAAUCUAUUUUUAUGCAAUAAUGAUGAAAAAGAAGAGCAAGCAAAUACAUAUCAGUACAUCUCUUAUUUUGACGGGUUGCAUCACCGUCACUCUGCAAAUCUUUGUUAUACAAUAAUGUUUUAUCGCAGGUUUCAGAGUUAUUUUCCAUAAAUCUUUUUCCACAAAGGACGAUCAUGCUUACCACCAGCUUUAUGUCAAAUUCUGUCUUUAUAUUACACACCGAAACAGUAAAACUACUGCCGGGUGACGUGAUUAUUAUUAAUCAUCUUGUUACAAUAUUACAGUGUCCUGAGGAACGUGACAGAGGUCCAGA